AUGACAAACAUCGCUGCAGCUAUCACCGAAGAUCGUUCAAUCAUACCGAAGAUCGGCACUUUAUACUUUUCUGGUGGUCAAUUCAAGUCAGUGACUGCUUACUCUUCGCUUAUACCCAAUUUACAAUCCAUGACCUUUCCAUACUCAUUAAAGACGUCGCAAAGUAGUUCUAAUGUAUUCUUAGACGUUCUUGCAAUGCAACGUGUGGACGAGAGUGGAAUAGAAAAUUUUGUAGCAAUGCCUUCGCUAACUCAAAGACAACUUCCAGUUAAUUUGACACAGCUGGACAUGAAAUUGAGCCAAAUGAAUAUCAAUCUAUCGCCAUUUUUGUACAAAUUUUUGACAUCACUCGCGAAAUGUACACAGCAAAAUGAGAGCGACAUUUAUUGGUGGGACAGUAGUGCAGCUACCUUCAUGGUGGAAUUACAGAACAAUAAGUCUGACAUAUGCAAAGAGAUCAAAACGAUCAAAUCAAUCUAUAUUCUAGCAGCGGAUGCUCAUGACUUGUUUGGACAAGGUAUGACAGAUAUCGAAUCAGCAAAUUCGAGUAUUGAAGGACUUCCAACUUACAAGAUUUGUACUCAAGCUGAUUCAGACAGAUUUCUGACAGAAUUCUUAACUAAAAUCAAUUCCAACCAACUUCCUGCAUGUAAAAACUCUUUCUCUCAACGGUUUGAUAUGAGACUGCAACGGUGUCUUCGAGCCCACGCCCUAGAUUAUGAACUAAAUCGAGCUCUUUUUCUUCGACAUACAACGUUUAAAACACUUUGUUCUCUUCUCAUACUAACCUAUAUGCGUAUAUUUUACCGUUAAAUAUAAAUCUAUUUUCAAAUAUCAUACCAAAAAUUUUAGUAGAAUCACGUCAUUUAAUACCACCAAUGGCUAAUUGCUAUGUUGAGAAAAGAAGCUUAGAUUACGCUCAUGCCCAUGAUCGCAAUCACAAGCGUUGCAUACGUAUUUUCAGUAUCAAAGUCAAUUUUUUUUAUCAAACACAUAGACUAAAAUAGAGUAUAUGCUCCUAGUCAGUCAAGCUGUAUGAUGUGGAAUAGGUAUGAAUGUGUACGAAGAUCGUCAUCGCAAACCGACACUCAUAGCUUUUCGACAAAUUUCUCGAAUCUCCAUCAGAAUUUCGGCAUCAAAACAGAUUGUCGAAAUUCCGGUUUACGGAUUGUGGGUAUGGGGUGUGGAUACGGGCGUGCGGCGUGGGUGCGUGUGCAUGAGGAUAUGACUCUUCUUCUCAUUCACACCUAAACACACAUACAAACUGCUCUUCUGAAUUAGCGUUAAAUGUUAACACUUAUUAAUGUUCUUCAUCUUCGUUAUGUGUAUCAAUACAGAUCUCACAAAACCGCGAUGUUGAUUCAGUCGUCAUUUUGGAUUCACUACGACAUUCAUUACAUGAUCAUCGUGAACAAGUGUCUUCUAUUCAAUCAUAGAAUUUAGUUUGAUGGCAACAGUGAAUGGUAUUCAAUUCAUCCAGAUCAUUUGAUGCGAUCAGUUUUUUCCAACGAUUUGCACAUUUAAUAGCUUUUACUUUUUGCUGGAUGUGGGUGAAGAGAAGAUUCAUACUCACAUUCAUACUUUCUCAAAUAGAGUGAAGGAUGUCUACAAAAAACAUUCUGCAUCGGUCACUAUCUAGUAUAUCAUUCGAAUGACUACUCAUUUACCGAGAUUCUCUGCCAUGAUACGUUGCGAGAAUGUCAUCGAGUAAUAAACCCCCGACGUAAGACUGAAUAGAGUCAGAGUAUUGCUGGUGAAUAGAAUUCAUUCACAAGUGUUUAAUAGUCAUUUGAGUAUUCGAUGAAUCCGUCGAGAUUUAUGAAUGUACUUUUUCGUUUCGUUAUGCACAGGUAGUGGAAAACUCCCUGGUUUCCUUUUAAGGCUUAUAUCUGUAGACACAAUAAAGCCUUCUAUUGUUACGAACUAGCCGAGCACUUUUUAUCCUCUUCGUCGUUGUCGAAUAAACGAAUAUCUUGAAGUGGUAAACUUCAUUGACUGCAUUAUUCCCGUACUCGUUGAUAUGCUGAAAAAAAACAAAGAGCUUGUUGAAUGUAAAUCAUAGUAAGAGGCAGAAGGAACGAACCGUGAAGUCGUUUUGCAGCGUUAUUACAACAUAUUUUCUUGAAUGCUUCAAUGAGAUAAUCAUAAUCUUGGUCGCUGAUUAUUUUCUUUUCGAUAAGAGAUUCUAGUACGCGGAGCGUUCCACUAAGUAAAGGAUCAUCGUGCAAAUAUUCAGGAAUGUCUUCGCCAAGAAGAAAUUGUAAAGGAUAUCGAUCGUUAUCGGAUAGAAGAUCCUGUAUUUUGA